UGCUAGAAACUGCAGAACUAGAUGUAUUGGAGCUGGGCAGCACUCAAGCCUCUAGGCUCAAUCCCUCUUUGGGACUCUAGGGCUUGGGGCAGGGACCUGGCCUCUGUCUCUCCCCCUGACCCAUCACCUUUAUGCCCUCUUCUGAUGAGCAGGACCGGACAGCUCCUGGACGUGGGACCAUCUUGCCUUAUACUCUGGGUCUAGGAAUAGUUCAAUGACUGGGGCUCCUGUGGAGGGUUCUGGUGGCCAAGGCUGGUUCCAUGCACACCAGGACAAGCUAGGCAGGGAGCGGUUGGGAUGAGUGCUCAAGAGCCGCUGACACCUCAUCCUUGAGCACCCAGAAUCAGUCACAUCCCCUCUCCCCAUAGGUGCCCCCUGAAAACACUCCAGAAGUGUGAGAUUGCCCUGGAGAAGCUCAAGAAUGACAUGGCAGUGCCCACGCCCCCACCACCCCCGGUGCCGCCAACCAAGCAGCAGUACCUGUGCCAGCCACUCCUGGAUGCCGUCCUGGCCAAUAUCCGCUCACCUGUCUUCAACCAUUCCCUGUACCAUACAUUCGUGCCAGCCAUGACGGCCAUCCACGGCCCACCCAUUACGGCCCCGGUGGUAUGCACUCGGAAGCGUAGGUUUGAAGACGAACGGCAGAGCAUUCCUAACGUGCUCCAGGGAGAGGUGGCCAGAUUAGACCCUAAGUUCUUGGUGAACUUGGACCCAUCUCACUGCAGUAACAACGGCACCGUCCACCUGAUAUGCAAGUUGGAUGACAAGGAUCUCCCAAGCGUGCCGCCGCUGGAGCUCAGUGUGCCUGCCGACUACCCCGCCCAGAGCCCACUGUGGAUUGACAGGCAGUGGCAGUACGACGCCAACCCCUUCCUGCAGUCAGUGCACCGGUGCAUGACCUCGAGGCUGCUGCAGCUCCCGGACAAGCACUCGGUCACAGCCCUGCUCAACACCUGGGCGCAGAGCAUCCACCAGGCCUGCCUCUCCGCCGCCUAGCCACCCACCCACUGGGGACCACGGGGAUAGCCGGCAACCUUGUCAGGGCCACAGCGGACAUGCACCUCACGUUGGACAUUUCUAGGUGUUGGCUCCCUUAGAGAACCUGGGCUUAGAUUAGCUUUCCUGCUUUUAUCUUCUGCCUUGGGGACCUGCCAAACAUUUUCCCAUACUUGUACAUGACUGGGCAGGUGGCUGUGGAGCUGGCUGCUUCGUGGUGGGGUUGGGACUCCCCCCACCUCCACUCCCCCCCGGGAGUCGGACAUGCCUCAGCCCUGUGUGCUCCUCCUUGGGCUGCUGUCCCCUUGGCUUCUCCAGGGCCCAUGCCCUUCCUCAGCAGCCUGGGGGAGAACUCCAGGUCUCGUUAGAGCCUCUUGUGUGUGUGCCAGAAAACUUUUUGUUUCUGUAGGGGAACAUGGAGAGCAUAGGAAACCCUGAAAACACACACGGAAUUCUCUGGUCACGGGUUUGGGUUCAGACCCUUCCACCAUUGCCGUGGGGGGCACGCCACUGGAAAGCUCCUGGAUCCAAGGGCCGCUGGCUGCGUCUCAGAAGGAAAGUCGGCCAGCAGGCAGUUGCGAAUCCCCUGCCAUCACCUGGGACUCAUACCUCAUGGCAUUCUCCCUUUAAGCCAUGGGGGUCUGCUCAGCACUGUGGGGUGCCUAGGGAGCAGGGACACCUGAGUGGAUCCUGUACCCGGCACCGUGCCCACUCACUGGGCACUUGGGCCUGUUCUUGGGUCAGGGCAGCAUCCUCAGGACCUGGCGUCAUCAGAGCUGCUCCAGAGAGUGAAAGCUCCCUGACAGGGCAUCAGCCCUCUGGCCAUGAGAAGCUUCCCCUUUUGUAUGUGCACUACCGUGUCAUCUGUGGUUCUUAUAAUAAAUUUAUUAUUCCUGUGUU